UUCCAGUACUGUGUUGAAUAGGAGAGGAGGCUUAUCGGGAGGAGCAGCUGAUUAACCGGCUGAUGCGGCAGUCCCAGCAGGAGCGCAGGAUCGCCGUGCAGCUCAUGCACGUUCGGCAUGAAAAGGAAGUUUUGUGGCAAAACAGAAUUUUCAGAGAAAAACAAUAUGAGGAAAGACGACUUAAAGAUUUCCAGGAUGCUCUUGAUCGAGAAGCGGCUUUGGCAAAACUAGCCAAGAUUGAUUCUGAAGAACAAGCCCUCAGAGAGAAGGAAGUUCAUGAACAGAUUGCUGUGGAAAGAGCUCAAGCUCGUUACCAAAAGCAUUAUUCAAUGUGUGCCGAAAUUUUGGAUCAAAUACUUGAUUUGUCCACUAAAGUGGCAGACUAUCGAAUGUUGACAAAUAAUCUGAUUCCGCAUAAGUUGAUGCGUGAUUGGAAGGAACUGUUUUUUAAUGGAAAGCCCAUAUAUGACCAAGCCUCUAUUAAGCAUCUAUCAGCUAAGCCCUCUGUGGAACAACUUAUAGAACUGGAGAAAAGAGACUUCCUAGACAGCAAUGAUUAUGAUGACUAUAAGAACAUGGUUGGAGAGUGGGCCUUACCAGAAGAAAUGGUUGAUAGUUUACCACCUUCCAACAAUUGCAUAUUGGGCCAUGUAAUUCGCAGACUAGUUGAAAAAUCUCUUCCUCCUCAAGUUGAAUCAGCAGAACCUGAAUUACCUUCAUUUGCCAUUAAAGGAUGCUUAUUGGGGAAAACAUUUAGUGGAAAAACUACUGCUGUAAAGUUUCUACAAAAAGAUUUUCCUAUUCAGAUACUUUCUAUUGACACUCUUGUCCAAGAAGCUAUCCAAGCAUUUCAUGACAAUGAAAAAAUCACAGAGGCCCUACCAAUUCAGAAUGAACCCGAAGAAAAGGCUUCUCUAGUUCUGCAAGAGAAAGCUAAAGAAAGUCAGGAUCUGCAGAAUGUGUUUUCAGCUGCUCCAUUUCCACUUGAAACAUUAACAGAAACAGAAGAUAAAACUAUGCUUAGUGCUGAGACUAAUAAAACACCAAAAUCUGAAGAAGUCAAAUCAAGUGAUAGUUUCUCUGAGCUCACUGUGCGUGCUCAGCUUGGUGCAAAGUCAGAACAGUUGCUGAAGAAAGGAAAGAGCAUUUCUGACAUGUUGCUAGUUAGCAUCAUGGUAAAUGCUAUUAAUCAGAUACCUUUGGAUCAAGGCUGGGUCCUCGAUGGUUUUCCAAUGACACUAAACCAAGCAAAGCUUCUGGAGGAAGCUCUCACCGGCUACGACAGAAACCUCAUAGAACUGGAGGAAAAGAAAAAACAAAUAUCCACAUUGGCUGUUGAUCCUACAGCUUCCAAAGAAGUGCCUCCUCCCCCUUCUGCAUUUGAUUUCGUCAUGUUAUUAGACAUUUCAGACAAUUCUUCACUAGAUCGUAUGAAUGACAUCAUGGCUGAAGCACUUUCAAGUGAGACUCCUCGUGAAGAUAUCAAUCAGCGUGUAGCUGCUAAAAACCAAGAUAUGGAUGAGGACCAGAAUUUAAGAGACCAAAUACACCAUAGAAUUGUAGGCUUCUUGGACAACUGGCCUUUAUUGGAGCAAUGGUAUACAGAGCCAGAAAAUAUUUUGAUAAAAAUCAAUGCUGAAGUAGAUAAAGAGUCUUUAUGCCAAAAAGUAAAGGAAAUGUUUAUGACUGAAAUAAUGAAAAAAGAGAAUAAAGUUAAAAAGAAGUUAGAAGAAAAGGAAGCUGAGAAAAAAGAAGUUUCCCUGACUGAGCCUUCUUCUCCUGCUGCUCCUCCCCCUCCUCCUCCUGAACCAGAAAGAGAGAAGGAAAUCCACCCUCAGCAAGAGCGUUCAAAAACUCCGGCAAAAGGAAAACCACCAUCAGAAUCCCCGCAUGGUAAGCAAGAAUCUUCUCAGGAAGGAAAAGGGAAGAAAGGUGAAGCUUCACUCAAAAGAAAAGGUUCUAAAGGAAAAUCUGCAGGAGGGAAAGUACCAGUAAAGAAAUCACCUGCUGAGUCUACAAAUACGUCACCUACUCCAGUAGGUCCGCCACCACCUAAGCCUGGAUCAGAAGAAUGGGUCUAUGUGGAUGAACCAAUUGCUGAGGAAAUACCUUCAUUUUUAGUACCUUACUGGGAACUAAUAGAAAGUUCCUACAUAGACUCCAUCAAAAAAGUACUCAGGCAUCUACGAGAAGACCGGCAUACUGUGCUUGCCUACUUAUAUGACAUUAGAACAGGUUUCCAGCAGUUUCUAAGGCGUCCAGAUCACAAGCAAAAUUUUGUAUCUCAAUGGCAGACUGAUUUCAACUCUCUUCCUGAUGACCUGUGGGAUGAUGAGGAAACAAAGGCUGAGCUACACCAAAGACUGAAUGAUUUACGAGACCGCCUGUGGGACAUUUGUGAUGCCCAGAAGGAAGAGGCCGAGCAGGAGCGUCUGGAUAUCAUAAAUGAGAGCUGGUUGCAGGAUUCCAUGGGAAUAACGAUGAACCAUUUCUUCUCACUGAUGCAGGCAGAACUGAACCGUUUCCAAGAUACAAAGAGACUCCUUCAAGAUUAUUACAGGGGAAUGGAAUGCAAAAUCCCAACAGAUGACAAUAAGAAAUUUACCAGAGUCCCAUUGGUCCAACUGUGUACUAAAGACGUUUUGGAAUGCCAACUCAGAAUUCCUCUGGUUCCUCGAAUAUCCAUUUCUCUGGAUUUGGCUAUGUCCAAAUCAAAAUCCAGAGCUCUACUGAAGGACAAGAUUGAUUACACGCUAGAAAAUGUGGAGUUAAACUUUGAGGCGGAUGAGAAGUUGGUAAUAGACACCUGGCAGCAGGCUUCUUCAGCGAUAUCUCACAUGGUCACUGCUGAAAUUCAUCAGAGGCUCAUGGAAGAAGAAAAAGAAAACCAGUCAGCAGAUGCAAAAGACAAAUCUCCUCAGAUGAGUGCAAAUAAAAAAGUGAAAAAUGAGCCCCCCAAGAAAAAAAAGGAAGACAAAAAAGCAAAAGGAAAAUCACCACCUACAGCAGAAGCCUCUCCUGUAAUACUAACAGUAGAGGAGAUGGCUGAAAUGGAAAAGAGAAACAAACUGAGGCUCAAAAUAAAAGAAGAACAUCUUGCUGCUCUUCAAUUUGAAGAGAUAGCCACACAGUUCCGACUUGAACUGAUAAAGACAAAAGCAUUGGCUUUCCUUGAGGAGUUAGUAUUGAAGGCGGUUGACGUGUACAAACUCAUGGAAAAGUGGCUUGGCGAGAGGUACUUGAAGGAAAUGGCCAGUGUGGAAAAAUUAACUGAGGUAGCUCGCUAUCACAUUGAAACAUCUACAAAAAUUCAGAAUGAACUGUAUUUAAACCAAGAAGACUUCUUCAUUAAUGGCGACGUAAAAGUCUUUCCAGAUCCCCCUCCUCCAAUACGUCCUCCGCCUGUAGAAAAGGAAGAAAACGGCACCCUGACCAUCGAACAGCUUGACAAUCUUCGAGAGCAGUUCUUAGAAAUAGCACCUAAAGGCAGAGAUCCUUCAGAUGAUGUGAAUCGAGUCACCGAAAAGCAGAAAAGGCCACAGAAGCUUGACCAUUACCUUCCAGAGAGGAACAAUCAAUUUUUGAAAAUUUGGCUAAAAAAAUACCCUUGGCUUGUAUAUGAUGAGAUACUAAAUCUUAUGUUCUGUGACCUGUGUCGUAAGCAUGGAGUGAAGUCGAGGGGAAAUCAAGUGAGUUUUUUUUAUGGCACUGACAACUUUAGGACUGAAUUUCUCCAUGCACAUCAUCUCAGCGAGGCUCAUGCCAGGGCUUCAUUAAUGGAAGCAACAAGUGGUUCUCCAGUGAACAGAGCCACCACGGAGCUGAUGGUGAGAACUGUGAGCAAAGUAACCCUCGGGAGAGUAGAGAACUUAUUCAGAUCGUGUCACGCUAUCGCCAAGACUGGACGUCCCCUCAAAGAUUUUAUUUGGAUGUGCAAGUUGGAUGACAUGAAGGGUGUUGAUAUUGGCCCAGUAUUCAGAACUAACAAAUCAGCAAGAACAUUUACAUAUUUUAUUGCUGAAGUGGAACGGAAAAAUCUAAGAGAUAAACUAGUAAAAAGUAAGUUUUUCUCCAUCAUCAGUGAUGGAAUCACAAACAAUUCAGCCAAGGAAGCUGAACUUGUCUAUGUGCAGUUUGCACAUGCAGGAAGAGUGCAUUGCCAAGUUGUCGGGGUACAAACAGUGGAAAAGAGGGAUCCUCUGGCAAUAAAAAAUGCCAUUGAGAAAACUCUGGAGAGGAAUCUUCAACUUAGGCUGUCGAACCAAAACUGGACAAAGAAACUGGUUGGUUUUGGAAGUGGCGGUGCGCCUGGCUCAGAGAGAGAAAGCAAUGGGGUGGCCCUGAUUUUAAGAGAAAUCCAGCCAUGUGUGCUGACUGUGUAUUGCUUUGCACAUCAUCUUGAACUAUCUUACAAGGCAGUGUUCCAGAGCAUUCCCCUGUACAACAAUGUGAGAGACCUUCUUCACAGCCUUUAUCACUUCUAUCAUAAUUCUCCUCCUCAUAAAAUUUCUCUGAUAACUGCCUUCAAAGACCUUCGCCUCCGACCUGUGAUGCCUUCUCAGGUAGGAGGCAGGAGGUGGCUUCAGGGAUUACAGGCAGCCCUCCAGAACUUUCUCAAGGGAUAUCCUGCAAUUGUCCAGCAACUGAAUUCACCUAUGUUACAGGCAAAUGAACGCGGAAGUGACACCAGUCAUCAGAAAGCCAAAGAACUUCUAGAGUUACUUCUGCAAGCAGACAUCGUUAAAUUCAUUCAUUUCUUGGUGGAUGUCAUCAGUGUCCUUAGUAUUCUGUCCCGAGUCAAUCAGAACAGAAAUUCUUCAAUUGCUGAUAUAUUUGCCACCUUACAGUCCACACUAGAAAUACUCGGAAUGUAUCAAACAAGACCAGGGCCAAAAGAACGUAGGGUGGAUUCAGUCACACACUUUCAUGGUAAGUGCCUCAGAGGAAAGGGAAACAUUUCUGACGUGAGAAACACUGUUUUAACACAUCUUAUCAAGAGGCUGCAAGGCUGUUUCAGAGAUGCCAGCCAAGAUGUGGUGAAGGCAACCAUGAUUGGAAGCUUUAAGCUGUGGCCCACAAAGAUAAAUCAAGAAUUUGGAGAAAAAGAAGUAUCCAUCCUGAUUGCACAUUAUGAACCAGUAUUGGAAGCUGCCAAUGUGAAAAUUGAUGAAGUGGACACUGAAUGGAGCAUGUUGAAAUUAGAGAUUUAUGCUAGAUUUCAGAACAUCCGCGAAUUGACCUGGGAUGUUGUGAAUUCUGUUUACUUACCCAAGUAUCCAAAUAUCUUGACACUAGUGGACCUCGUGCUGACCCUCCCUGCAAGUUCAGCUGAGGCGGAACGCGGCUUUAGUCAGAUGAAACGCACCAAGUCACAGAUGCAUGCUAAGAUCAAGGCUGAUAGCAUAAUAGGAAAUAAAGCAUUUGCUGACAUUCUGCUUGAUUUGGUAACCCUGAACCUAGGAACAAACAACAUCCCUAGUAGCUGGAUGCACCUCACUCAAGCUGAGUUGCAGGAGUUAACGUCUUUAUUAGUCGUAAACUCAGAGUUUGUGGACUGGAGGAAAUUCUUGUUAGUAACCUCGCUGCCUUGGCCCAUCCCCCUGGAAGAGGAGCUCCUCAAGACCCUGCAAAGGUUCAAGGCUGUGGAUGAUGAGCAGUUGGGCACCGUCACUUUCAAGCAAUAUAUGCAGAUCUGUCUUCUCAACUGUGCAAGACCACCAGGCUCUAUUUGGAUGCCUCUCCUGGCACUGCAGCCUGGAAAGUCCCUCCAGGCUGGAACAAUGGCUGGUCUGUGGUUUAAGGGAGAUGAAGAUGUAAAAAUUCCAGAAAAUCCGCUUGAACCCCUGCCAUUCAAUAGGCAGGAGCAUCUUAUAGAGUUUUUCUUUAGGUUAUUUGCUGACUAUGAGAAGAAUCCGCCCCAGCUUGACUACACACAGAUGCUGCUUUAUUUUGCUUGCCAUCCGGACGCUGUGGAAGGGGUCUACAGGGCCCUCAGUGUGGCCAUUGGGACUCAUGUCUUCCAACCAAUUGAAACUCCUAAUCUUAUUACAGAAAAGACCUCCUUCCUUACUGAUAUGAGUCCAAUUGCGGAAUCUCCUGAACCUGAGGAAAAUGUUAUAAGUGAGGAAAGAGAAGUAAGAGAGGAAAAGGGAGAAGAGAUCCCUGAAAAUGCAAACACUGAAAAGAUUUCCAUGGAAACACUACUCAGAGUGUUCCGAGGAGGAAAUGAAGCACAGGACCCUAACAGAUUUUCCAGCCAGCUAAAGAUGGAGAACAUUUAUGCAGAGAACUUCAUAAAAGUAUUUCAGGACCUAGAUGCCAAGAAUCUGGAGGCAAUUGAAGUUGCUGUUCUUUUGAAACAUCCUUUUAUUCAAGACCUGAUUUCAAGUUAUUCAGACUAUAGAAUUCCUGAUAUUAAAAUGAUUCUCCAAAGGAGUGAGCACGUACAAGGAAGUGAUGGAGAGCGAUCUCCUUCAAGACUUACAGAGGAAAAGAAAUGAAGACAAAAGAGUGUGAUUUUUAUAACUUGGCAAUGAGUCUUCCCAACAUCAUAUGUAAACAUAGUCUCUGUCAUAUAUGUUAUCAUUGUAAUUGUAGAAAUGACCCCUACCAGGUUAUGAGGGGGCACUGAAAAGGGAGCUGCCCUUACCUCAGAGAAUAGUCUAUAAUAAACCUUAAAUUACAAAGCAAAAAUCCAAAGUGAGAAUGAAUGCAUUUUGAAGUGAUUCUGAAAAUAGAAGGCACCAGAACAAUAUGUUCAAAAAUAAACAGACACAUAAGUCUUGAACAGUCCCUACGGGAAGUACCUACAUUAGGCAGACAGAGUGAAAAUUCCCCCAGAGCUCCACGUCAGGGCAGUACUGCAGUGGACAUUUUCUAAUUCUUGCUCUGUGUGCAGGAAAAUCCCAAGUUUCAUCCCGCUAGCCAAGGAGAAGGCUGCAUUAUCAAUUGCCAGUAUGUCAUGCUCCUAGCGUCUAUUCAUGAUUCUUGCUUAAUAGAAUAGAAUGUUUCCUGUAUAAAUAGAUGCACUUGCACAAUUGUACCUUUUUACUUGUAUAAAUUAGCGACUCAAAUUCAAUGAUGCUUAUCUCAAGGUGUUGUGUGUGUGUGUGUCUUCUGAGUGACAAUGUAUUCUUGCUGGGCUCCUAUGAAACGCCCUCUAAGUCACUUCACUGGCUGCUCCUUCUGAGAAUCUCUUGCUGAUCGUCCUCUUCUACUCAAACUCUAAAUGUUGGAGAGUUUCAACACUCAGCCUUCUCUGUCCACAGUCAAUCCCUGGAUGAGUCAUCUAUUUCCAUGACUUUGUGGGUAUUAAAAAGGCUAAUGCUGAAAUUUCUAUUCCCAUCUUCCCUUGAAAUCCAAAUGUCUAUCUUACUGUCCACUAGAUUGCCACAUGGAUGGCUAAAGUCAUUGCAAACUCAACAUGUCCACAGCCAACAGAGGGAGCCUUCUAUAAUGCAAGUCAGGUCAUGUCACCUCUCUGCUCCCUUUAUUGGCAUCCUGUCUCACACAGAGUCUAGUCCAAGUCCUCACCUUGACCUUACCCAUUGCUACCUCUCUGAUCUCAUCUCCUGCUAUUCUCCUCUGCCCACUCUGUUUAAGUGACAAAUUCCCCUUGUUGAUCCUCGAACAUACUAGGCACCCUCCUGCCUGGGAGCCUUUGCACUUGUUUUCCUCUCUGCCUGGAAUGAUUUUCCCCAAAUAUCUGCAUGGCUUGACUUCCUUCAGGUCUGUGUUCAAAUGACACUUGGUCAGUAAGACCUUCCCUCAACACAUAAUACAAAAUAGAAAUAACCCACCACCUCCACACACCUCAUCCCCACUUUAAUUUUUUUUCCAUUGCACUUAACAUCUGACAAAGUACAUCUUUACUCUUUUGUUUCUUGGACACUCCACUAGGUUGUAAGUUCCAUGAAGUCAGAGAUUAUGUGUGUUUUCUUUUUUUUAAUUUUUUUUUUUUUUGAGGAAGAUUAGCCCUGAGCUAACAUCU